CAGGAGCUGGGGGUGUGGCGGCGGCAUGAGCCGCUGGGGCUGCUGCGGCGGGGUCUGGCGGAGGAGCCCGGAGAGGGGGCGCAGAGGGCGGCGCAGGCGCUGCUGUCCUGCCCGCCACCCGACCCGGACGCGGACCUGCGGCAGGACCUCACGCACCUGCGGGUGUUCACCAUCGACGAUGCAAGCACCACUGAGGUGGACGACGGGAUCUCAAUUGAACCAUGGGUCACUACGCACGAGGAUGAGGACGGCGAGGGCGAUGAAGGCAGCGGCAGUGGCAGCAGCAGCAGGUGGAGUGCGGAUGGAGGCGUGUUGAAGAUCUGGAUCCAUGUGGCAGAUCCCAGCCGUUGGAUCCAGCCCGGAUCGGAUCUAGAUCUGUACGGCAGUCAGCGGUUGCGGUCGUUGUACCUGCCGUGGGGUAACCUGCCCAUGUUCCCCCGCAGCCUGGCGGAGGGGCCGUUCAGCCUGCGGGAGGGGCAGGUGUGCGAUGCCUUCAGCAUCUGCGUGCUGCUGCGCCCCGACGGCUCCCUCACCCGCCCCCGCGUCACCCCCUCCCGCAUCACCGUCACACACAAGCUCACCUACGAGGCUGCGGACUCACUCAUCGCACCCGCCACCGCCGCCACAACCACCCGCAACACUGCCCCCCAGUCCCAGCAACAGCAGCAGCAAGUGACAGAUGCGGCAGCCAGCAGUCCCAAGACGACUCCCGACACGGAGGCGACGGAGGACAAUGUUUCAAGGCAACAACAGCGCCCACAGCAGCCGGAUCAGCAGCAGCAGCAGCAACAGCAGGUGGAUGGUGAGGCGCUUGCUGACCUGCUGGCCCUGCAUGCAGCCGCAACCGCCCGGAGGAGCUACCGGGAGGCUAGAGGCGCCAUUGAGAUCCCCAGCCCCGAGGCGCGCGUGACGGUGCCGGCCAGCCACCUGGACCGCGUCAGGCCGGGGGUGCGGGUGGCGGCGCUGCGGCCGUGGGAGAGCGCUGCGCGGGGGCUGGUGGCGGAGAUGAUGAUCCUGGCGGGGGAGGCGGUGGGGGAGCUGGGCUCCUCCGCCUGCCUGCCGCUGCCCUACCGCAGCCAGCCCGCCCCCCCGCACCUGCCGCCUCCCACCCUGCUGGCGGCCCUGCCCGAGGGGCCGGUGAGGGGCUUCGCGCUGCGCCGCUGUAUGCCCCGCUCGGCGGUGGGGCCGGAGCCGCUGCCACAUGCGGCACUGGGGCUGGAGGCAUACGUGCAGGUCACCUCCCCCAUCCGGCGCUACCCCGACUUGCUGGCGCACCACAACCUGAAGGCCUGGUUGCGGGGGCGGCCGCUGCCGUACGGAGCGCCGCAGAUCGAGGCGGCGGCGGAGGCGGCGGCGGGGGCGGGCCGGGAGCUGACGGCGGUGGAGCGGGAGUGCGAGAACUACUGGGUAGCUGAGUACUUCCGGCAGCACUGGGGCUCCGACUACCCCGCCACGCUGCUGGGCUGGCAGCGCGAGGAGCUGCGACUGGCCGCCUUCCUGAUCGACGAGCUGGGGCUGGAGGUGGUGGCGCGGUUGCCUCCGGGGUGCGCGGG